AUGGUGCAUAUUCUACUGCUAUAUUCACAUUUAUAUCAACACAUUGUCUCAUUCUGUCGGUGCGCAUCAGAAUCCGGUGCAGAUUCACCGCCGCCUCUAGCCUAUAUAGAAAGUGGCGUUCCGCAAAUGGGGGCUAGGCUGUGCAUACAAAGGUUCAGUUCGCUCGGUACCACUGGGGUGAUCCAGUACGCUCAGGAGCUGACCGAAUCAAACCACUUCUCCGCCUCGGGCGGGUUCUGGUAUAUGGACUGGCCAUUGCACACUGCCCACACCUUUAUCGCUGGCGGCUCAUCCCUAGGUACAUCCCAAGCGAUCCUGUACGACAUCGCAGCCUGUGAUGUGAUCUGUACUGUGGUGUGGGUCGCUUGUGCUGUAGUGUGUCAGUCUGGGUUGUACAGCUCCCCACACACUGUGUUUCUCAUCGAUUGCGGGUGUUCGUUAUGCACUUCAGGCUAUGACGAUCCUAUCAUCACAAUUGACGUGGGGUCUGGGAGAGGCGUGGUGUCGGGUAGAGUACGCUCGAGCACGGCG